AGCGGGAAGAGACAGCGACAGGGCAGGGAGAGAGGGCACGGCCGGCGCUCACCACUGCCGCACGCCAUGGGGGCAGAGGCUGAGGGGCCACGGGGCCAGGGGGACGUCGGGACGCUGCCCGCCCCGGGACGGUGACGGGGCACAGUGUCAUCCCCGUGUCCCCUCUUCCCGGCAGCACCCACCGUUUGACCUUUCCGGAGCCCUCGGCCCCGCCAUGGGGUGGCUGUGACGGAGACGGGACGCGGCGGGCGCCGGGGUGGAGGCCGGAGGCGUUGGAUGGGAACGGUGGCUCCCCGAGGGACACGGCUGGGGACGGCACCAUCCUGUCCCCAGCUCUAAGGAUGCACCGGCUUCUCCUGUUUGGCUCCCUCUGGCUCUUGGUGGCAUCUCCAGCAUUGAGCAUCUUCCAGCGGCCGACGGGGACCCCGGCCCCCCCCGGCCUGCAGUACCUGCUGGAGCCCCUCCACGCCACGGUGCACACGCAGCGGGGUGCCACGGCCACCCUGCCCUGCGUCCUGCGCGCCCUGCCCCGCAACUACCGGGUGAAGUGGAGCAAGGUGGAGCCGGCCAACUACCGGGAGAACGUCAUCAUCAUCACCAACGGGCUCUACCACAAGAACUACGGGCCGCUGAGCCAGCGGGUGCGCCUGCGGCACGGCCACCGCUACGACGCCUCCCUCACCAUCACCAACGUGGCUCUGGAGGACGAGGGACGCUACCGCUGCCAGCUCGUCAACGGGCUGGAGGACGAGAGCGUCUCGCUCACACUACACCUGGAAGGUGUUGUGAACCCCUACCAGCCCAGCAACGGGCGCUACAAAUUCAACUACCACGAAGCCAAGCGAGCCUGCGAGCAGCAGGACUCCCGCCUCGCCACCUACCAGCAGCUCUACAAAGCCUGGACGGAGGGUCUGGACUGGUGCAACGCCGGGUGGAUCCUUGAUGGGACCGUCCACUACCCCAUCAUCAACUCGCGGGAGCCGUGUGGUGGCCGCCUCCUCCUGCCGGGCGUUCGUUCCUACGGGGCCAGGGACAAGCAGAAGGACAAAUUUGAUGCUUUCUGCUUCACCUCUGCUCUUCAAGGCCAGGUCUACUUCAUCCGGGGCCACCUGAAUUUCAAGGAGGCCGGCCAAGCCUGCCGCAACCAAGGGGCCGCCAUCGCCAAAGUGGGGCAGCUCUACUCCGCCUGGAAGUUCUCCCAGCUGGAUCGCUGCGACGGGGGGUGGCUGGCGGACGGCAGCGUGCGGUACCCCAUCACCACCCCCCGCCAGCACUGCGGGGGGCUGCCCGACCCCGGCGUCCGCAGCUUCGGCUUUCCCAGCAAGGAACUCCGGACCUACGGCACCUACUGCUUCCAGGGGAAGUAGGAAGGUCUGGAAGGAGAGGUGGGCUGGAUGGUGGUGGGACACCAGCCCCCAUCACCCGGGUGGAGAACUUGAGGCAGGGCAUGAGGCCGUGGAGGUUGGUGGGGGGUCUCCUGGUGAUUUCGGGUGGUCCGAGCAUCCUCUGAUGGAGUGAUAGAGCUGGGUUUGGGUCCUCAGUGCAUCCUCUGGUGGGGCUGCUCCCCACACCCCAGCCUGCUGUGGGGCUUGGGGGGUUGUCCAGGCCUCGCUGGAGAAGCUGGACCCAUCGCUGGGUCAGGAAGGGGGGUUAAUCCAGCCCCCUCCCCAGCACAGGAUCCCCAGCCCCGCUGCAUCCCACCCCCCAUCCUCGCUCCACAAGGACUCUGGCUGGUGCAGGACCAGGCAUUAACGAGCGUGACUAAUGAAGUUUCGCCUUCUCAAUUAAUAAAGCUGCGCGGCAAAGCCGA